AUGAAUCAGUCAAUGCCUCCACCCCCUCCGGGAGGUAUCCUACCAAAGAAUGAAUUGUUGUUCAGAUCGUAUUUGAGCCAAUCCAUGCCCACUCUACCUACUCCUCAACAACAACAGCAACAACAAAAUAAUAACAAUAACCAACAGAUCCUACAUCAAAAUCCAUUUUUCAAUCAGAAUAAUAAUCAACAGCAACAGUCUCAACCUCCUCCAACCAUGGAUAUGUUUCCCUUGAUCCAAAACAAUAAUAAUAAUAAUAAUAAUAAUAAUCCCCAAGGCACCCAACAGCAGCAACAACAGUUUUAUCAUGGAAACCAAAGUCCAAUUAAUCAAACCUUGGUUAAUUCUCUAUUUAAUCAACAACAACAACAACAACAACAACAACAACAACAACAACAACAAUUGGAUAACAACAGCAAUAAUAAUAAUAAUAAUAAUAAAUCGAAUGAACAACCAUUUCAAAUGGAAAAAUUUAAUUCAAAUUUUGGAUUUCAUGAUGGCUCGCCCACUGGUCUCAAUGAUUAUUUUAGUAAGCCAAUGAUCAAUCAACCCCCUCAAAUUCAACAACAUCAUCAACCUCCGUCCAAUUUACCAUACCAUCAUCAUUUGGCAAAACAACAGCAGCAACAACAGCAACAGCAACAACAACAACAACAACACCAUCACCAACCAGUCCAAAUUAAACUUGAAACCCAACAGCAACAGCAACAACAAUCACCAUUACCACCACAACCACAACAAGCCAAACAACCACCCAUACCUCAACAUCCAUUACAUUUCCAAAACCAACAACAACAGUCUCCACAACCACAACAACAUAAUAACCAAUUAAACCUAUUAUUUCAACAUCAUCAAAUGGGACAACCACAACCACCUCAACCACCUCAACCACAACAACAACAACAACAACCAAUAUUAUCUCAAAACAAUACACCAAUAAUGAAUUCUCCAUUUAUUAAUCAAACAUUUCCAACACCAAACAAUCAAAAUAAUAAUAAUAAUGUAGGAUAUCAACAACCGACCAUCAAUUCACCCCUUCACACCUUUUCGCCCAAACCACAACUCGCCAACUCACCAUCAAUAACCAAACAAGGCUCACUAAAUCAACUCCCAAUCCAAAAUAUUCAAUCACCAUCCACCAACCCAAGCUUUAUGCAACCACAAUUUUCUUCUUCACUUCUAAACAUGCAUUCUUCAAAUGGAAUGCCCUCUUCUCCCAUCUCAUCUCCUUCACCAUUAUGUUCUUCGUCAACAACUACUCCAAUAGCAUUUUCAAAUCCAAUAAUGAAUCCGAAUAAUAAUAAUAAUACUAACAAUCCAAACACACUAUCGUCAAUUAGUGGUAACCCAUUAACCCAAUCACCUUUGCAUCCGCCUUUGAAUCCACUUGGAAGUCCGUCGUCCCUAUCAUCAACGACAACUACCAGUACUAGUACCGCAACGACCUCAUCACCGACCAUAAAGCAUACUCCAUCUGCUGCAAAUAAAGAGGAUACUGAUAGUUCUAGUCACAGUCAAGAAGAGGGUGGUGCAUCACUCAAGGAAAAGGAAGAUGUUGCCAGAAUAGCAUACAAAACUUGGUUUGUUCCAAAACCAGGCAAUAAAGAGGUCAAAGAUAGAUGGUGGGCUAUUUAUUAUAAUAAAAUUAGUCCAAAAUAUCAUCUAAGAGAUAAUCAUUUGGGAAGAAAAAUUAAUCAAUGGAUUGAAGAAGAUAUGAAAGAAAUCCUUCCAAGCUCACAAGUUAAACAAGAGGAUGAUUCUGGGUCAUCAUCAUCAGAUAAAAAAAGAAAAGCCAAUUCUUCGAAAGAGGGUUCUUUACCAGCCUAUGUAAAUGUUCAAUUAAUUAAUCCUGUUGAAGAUAAAUCUUAUCCAUUGGCCAAAUAUUGUGUUGGUAAUUCAGUUCAUUGGUCUGAAAACCAAUUGGAUCAACUGGUCCAAGCAUUCAAGGAUAAUAGGCAAAAAAUAAUGGACAAUAUAAAUUCUGGUAAUUCCAGAAAGAAAUCUUCUCCCUCUCCUCUACAAUCUUCCAAUUCAUCAUCAUCCUUGACAUCAACACAAUCCUCUAAUUUUAGUAUUAAUAGUAACAGUAAUAAUAAUAGUAGUAACAACAAUAAUAGUAGUAAUAGUAGUAGUAGUACUAGUAGUAGUAGUACCAGUGGUGGGAGUUCAAGUAAAAAGUCAAGUCACAAGAGUAAAAAGGUAAAAGAAAAGGCAGACUCUACAGAAAGUGCAAGACUAGAUACAAAAUGUGAUUGGAUCAAUGCUGAGAUAUGCCAAUGCUCCGACUCUUAUUGGAUAAGAAUUGAUCUGCCAGGUGUUGAACCAAGUGAUUUUGUCAUUAAAACAGACGAUGUUUGUAAAUUUAUCAUAUCUGGGAAAAAAGUACAAGAAACAUCAAGCGAGAUUAAAGUAUUAACUGGAAAGAGAAAGUUUGGGUCCUUUGAUAUUGAAGCAAACCUACCACGAAACGCAGACCUUCAAAAAACUGAACACUACUUUUAUAAUGGAGUAUUGUCCAUUAAAUGUCCAUUUAAACCUGGGCCAUAG